AGAUGCCGCCUUGUUCACUUGGCAAAAAUGGUGACUCAAUUUUUAAGCAGGGUGGGUAUUCUACUGAACAAAAAUGCGACCGCGAACAACUCAUACACAUGUAGCAAACGUCGAACAUUUACAAAAGACUGUAAGUCUUUAGAUGGUAUACCCACCCACAAUUGUGUCGCCAUUUUUGCCAAGUGAAGAAGGCGGCACCUGUGGCACGUGCACUGUUUGUAUCUCCUAAUUUCAAUUUUUUAGGUCAUAAUUUGGAUUUUUUUAAAUCUCAUAACUAUGACUUACCGUUGGGAUAACUUUUUUCAGGGGCGGAAACGUAUGUCAGACUGCUAAUUAAUGAUUUAACACAUUUAUACUCAAAUAUGGCAUUAAACGGUGCUAUUAUCGCAAUUAUAUUCUGUCAUAAUUCUAACUUUUUUGUGACCCCUGAUUUAAAAUAGUAUAUAAAAUUGUUAUGUAUUUAUCCGAAACAGAACCCAGGAAAAGGAAACAAAAUGUAGAGCAGUGGUAUAAAAACAAUGUUUGUCCCGGAUUAAGUGUUCAUUAAAGUUGAGAACUCCUGUAACAGGAGUCCUUCAGCCAUCUGUCUGUGGGCAGUGCAAGCCCGCAGAUGGUAUUCUGCACCGGGGGUCUUCAUAUUUGGACAAAACACUCCAAUAAAAGUCAUAAGAAAUGACAAAAACUGUAGCAUUCACAUGAUAGGUAGGCACUGCCCCCUGUGGGUGAGACAAGCACAUUACACGCUUCAGUCAGGAUGCUACUUUCUUAUCACACUUGUACUUCCAAAUAACAUGUUUACCCCCCAACACUUACAUUGUAGGAUGCAAAAAUCCUCCCUGCACCUUCUUAACACCAAGGCAAGGGGUCUUUGGGUUUUUCUAGAAGGGGGGCGGGGGAAUUAGUGGCACGACAGAUGUUAGUCCUUGAUUAACAAUAGUGUCUGCACACACGUCACACACAAGAAAGAGCUCAUACUGUACAUGAAGUACAGUACAUGUGGAGCUGUAUGUUUUUGUUAUAUCAUGGUUGGAAGUGCCCCUAAUUCCCUCCCAAAUGGAUUUUAUUGGGCACAUUUUGUGACGUUGGUGUCUUUACUGAAGUUAACCUUCAUUAAGGAGGGGGGGCUUUUAUUGUACUUAGGCAGCUGCACCUCUUCCCGUUUGUUACUUUGAACAUUAGUUAGUUUAGCAGGUUUGGGAGAAAAUAAUGUUUUCUUUAGCCCCCCUCCCCGCCCUCCGAUUAAGGGGAAAAACAGCCUACAUUCUCAUUUCAGUACUCAUGUGACAUCAUGUUUUUGGCUUUUUACAUGCAUGGGAACGCCUGUAGACUACUGCAAACCACAAUGUUGUUGGCUCUCUCGUUGGGUAAUUGUGUACAAUGUACAAUGCAACCAUCUUUACUCCUACAGUAAAUGACGACACUCUAACACAAUGUGGUUAGAGCUAUGUCAAAGGUCACUUCUGGACAUCUGUUUGUUAUAAAUGUUUCUUUAUGACAACAUAUCCUUAUUAUGAGAGAUUACUUUCGUGUUUUACAAAUACACCAAACUCUAUAUGACACAGGUAUAUCAAGUUUCACUGCUGUAUAUUGUGGAAGAAAGUACCUCGUGUUUGUAUACUCUGAUUACUUUUUAUUACAGUAGGGCGGAUCCGUCCACUAGUUUGACAGAAGCAGCGGUAGUGUACAGUGUUCUCUAAAAUUCAAUUCAAAUGUCUUUAUAACACGAAUUAAUGUGUCACCGUAUGUAAUUUACGUCGAUUAAUUAGAGUGUUGACGUUAAUACGCGGACAAAACUGACCGAUUUACCGGAAGAAACGUGUCCUCGAACCCCCGCCGUCGUGGAGAAAUGGACUGUUCCAGUGCGUGACGUCACGGACUCUGUAAGCGUGCAAUGAUGGACAGAAGAGCAGUGGGUUAGAUGGUAUAUACAUUACUCCUCGUCCUGGUUCCUGACUGCUUCUGGCUGACUUUCUUUUGACUUUUUUGUGUUUUUGGUGACAUGGUCCAGCUGCAUUGAAAACUACCCAACAGAGGGAGCUGCACUUUGAAGGAAAUGGUGUAACACUUUUGGAGUGAACGCCCCCCAUCCCCCUCACUAUGGCCGGCCUGACUCGUGGCUUGGGACAAGGAUGGGAGUUGCCAUGGUGAUUAUUUACAAGAAGACGCUGGAGAAGAAGAAGGGUGCGGAUGAUGUAACGUCCAAAAACACGUUCCAGGCACAGACCAUGAGCCAGGGGACCGCCCUCUUCUCUCCUGGACUCAUGGAUACAAGCCGGUGGUGCGAGGUGGCACGUGGCUGCGCUGCAUCGCAAAGGCCGGUUGGGACAAGCUUGGAGAGCCUGUGGGACGUCCUUCCCGAGGUGCACGGGAGUUCGGCCCACUGGGGCUGGGACGUCGGCUCCGCUCCCAGCGCCAUCACCAGCUUGUUGCAGGACCUCAGCCUGACCGAGGCCGCCUCCUCGCUGGUCACGGCUCCGCCCAGCAAGCGACAGUGUCGGUCCUUGUCCUGCUCCGAUGAGCUCCAUCGUACCACCUGGCGUCCCCAGGGCUCCCGCGUGUGGACCGCCGUGGAGAAAAGGAGGUGCCACAGCGGCGGCAGCAUCCAGCGCGGCAGCGCCAUCGCCGAAGGCGCUCAGACGGGCUUCCCGGGAAUGCAGCGCAGCUCCAGCAUUAGCCUGCCCGCACGCUGCAACCCCCCAGUCCAGCCCCUCUACCUCUCUCACGAACAGAUCCCCGAGCCCCACGGGCCUUCUUCACCCAUCAGCUCCCCGGACUCCACCCCUGAGCUGGAGCGCCGCAGUAGCCAGGGUGGUCUCGCUCGAAGCCGCUCGCAGCCGUGCGUCCUCAACGACAAGAAGAUUGGCGUGAAGCGCAGGAGACCGGCGGACAUGCAGAGGCCUUCGCUGGAUCUGGCCAAGAUGACGCAGAAACUUCGCAACUUUCACAGCUUAAGCUGCCCCGGAAUAACAGGCGACGAUCGCCAGGAGUCCUUGGAGGACUCUUCUUCCAACGAUAUUCCACCUCGGACCAAAGCAGGUGAGCCCAAGCCGUCAGGCCUCACCGUGGAGGAGAAACACUGGAUCAGGAAGGAUAACGCACCUCUGUGGGCGGGUCUUUACAAUGUCGGGAAGGAGGAAGCGUACAUCCUCGGAGGCGAACUGGACAUCGAGCAAAUUGAGCGGAAUUGACACUGACUGAUCUCGAUGCUUGGAAGUCUUAAAGCAGGACGUUAUGCACUAAUUUUGGAGGGACUUUACUAGUCUUAAGCUGUCCCCCAUACGCGGGGUUCUAAGUGCGUCUCAGGCGACACGGCAAUCGGAGAGAGAAGCGUUAAAAAGCUACUAAUGCGGCCUCACAGCGGGGGGUCUUUAACAUUUCUUUGUAAUCCUGGUUACCUUCACUGUACUACAUCUGGAGGGAAUUCACACCUCAGUACUUCUUGGGUACUACGUGGUACACCGAGGACGGAAAUGGACACUUUGCGAAGCUUUUAAGGACCCGACCUGCGAAGCGUUUUGAAAAGAAACACGUGUCAGAGGCUCUCUGAUGCUAUUAGCAUUAAUGUUUUACGAUUUGUAACAAGAUUAUGUAAAACUCAAGCGUAUUUCUGUACGAAUAAAUAUAGUUUUAAAUGUGUGCGCUUUUUCUAAGUCGAGUUUGUUUAUAUAGCAAACUGUAGGGGCCUAGACGGGCUCUCUGUGGGAUACCAACUGAAGCAUGAGCGUAAAGAAGUAAGUUGUUUUAUGGAAGUGCAAUAAGGUCAUUGUUGGAGACGUCUUUUAAUGCAACAAUGCAGGCUGACCCAAUUAAAAACAAUCCCGAGCUUAGCUUGUCUUUGUCUGCUGAAGCGGACCAAAUGAGGACCAUGUCCGGUCGCUUCUUGUUCUUUUUCUGGAUGAUGGCUCCAGCGAUGGAGCUAAGCCCGCGCUUCACCCCAGAGACCCAUCACCCACCCUCGCCGCCCCCGUCCCUUCAAUGGGGAAACAAAAGGGGCUUUUUCCUCCGAGGAACCCGGUGACGUGUGAGGCAGUUGUGAAUGUGGGCCAUGUGUCGGGUCUACUUGCCGCCGUUCCUUUUCCCCGCUUCCCCGCUUCCCCGCUUCCCCGCCCCUGCACUCGGCGACGACAAUUCCACUGCUCACUUAUGAUUCAUUUCACAAACGACGUGCCUUCAAGGCUCGGAUCGCCACUCGCGUCACUCACCUUUCUCUCCUGCAGCAAAAAGAACGCUGAGGUCCUAAUGACCACCUUUUCUUUCAGACCAAGACCCCUUUUGGGUGGGGGUCAUGAGUCCAAACAGAACUCUUGUGCAGCAGACUGAAACACGGACAGCCUUUAAUCAGCGGUGUCAAACGAAUCAAAGCAGGACUAUGUUGGACUAGAAGAGACAGGAGUACAAAAGCCGGAGAAGCUGGUCCACAACCCCCACCGCCAUGACUUGCAAAAACUGCAUGAACUGUCAUUGCUGGUCAUGCUAGGGCGUAUCGUCCUGAGUGACACUUCCAUGGUCUAGUCAUGGAACAUCGAUUAUGUAGGCCCUUAAAGGAGAUAUUGCACUUUUCAAAACAUUGAUCCACAAUACCAUAGUGUUAGCAUGUAGCACUAGCGCUAAACGAUUCAUUGACAAAAUAAGAGCGUAAUAAAACCGUCAGUUAAAAUGUCCGCUGGGAUAACAACUGAUAACGAUCAUGUUGUUGGGUGGAAGUUGAGAACCGUUGUCCGUCGCUUCAGUCUCUCCAGAUGUUUAGUUGGUACUAAACUUUGUGAGAUUCCAGAUGUUUAGUUGGUACUAAACUUUGUGAGAUUCCAGAUGUUUAGUUGGUACUAAACUUUGUGAGAUUCCAGAUGUUUAGUUGGUACUAAACUUUGUGAGAUUCCAGAUGUUUAGUUGGUACUAAACUUUGUGAGAUUCCAGAUGUUUAGUUGGUACUAAACUUUGUGAGAUUCCAGAUGUUUAGUUGGUACUAAACUUUGUGAGAUUCCAGAUGUUUACUACCAACUAAACUUCUGGAAUCUCUCAAAGUUGACCAACUUUUCAGCUCAUCACCACUACCGCCAGUCCACACGUGAAGCAGGAUUCAUCACCGAGCAUUAACUUCUCCAUCCUCGCAGGUGAUGCAGUAGCUUACAUAAGCGCUCGGUAGUGGUCUGAGGUGCUGAAAAGUAGUUGUUCGGUGUUGCGGUAGUUUGGACCAUUGUUGGUGCUUUUUGGAGGUUGUAGAUCAUCCACAGAAAAGUGAAAGGCAUGUGUUCAUGUGUCAUAUGAGGAUUGUGUAUGAUGGGCCAAAUAUCCUUUAACGAGAUGCAUUGUUGUAGGGCAGGGGUGCUCAUUAAGUCAAUCGCGAUCUACCGGUCGAUCGCGGAGGUGGUACUGGUCGAUCGCUGGUCGAUCGCGGCGUGACAUUAAAAAAAUAUCAUCCUCGCGUCAAUGCCGUCACUUGAUUGAUAUACAGGGCAGCCAUUCAGAUGACAACUGAAUGUUGCCCUUCGGGCGACCAAUCAAAUCAAACAACGUCUCUAAGUGCAGCAGAACUUACGAUGUCAGCCUAUCAUCCAUCCCCGUUACUUGAUUGACAUACAGGACAACCAGUCAGAUGACAACUGAAUUUUGACCUUUAGGUCACCGCUCAUGCGUAAACAACGAUGCAAAGUGCUAAGCUAGUCGGCGAAUUGCGUCAGAUUUUAAGCCCUCGCUAAAGUUUAUGGUCACUAAAAUGAGUGAAGGAGCUGGACCAAGUAAAAAGGCAAAAACUGGACCAAGUAAAAAGGCAAAAACAUAUCACUUCCAUACGGAAUGGGAGGUGGACUUUUUUUUCACAAUGUCUUUUUCGAAGUGCGUUUGCCUGGCUAACCUGGCUAUCCUGGCUAACCUGGCUAUCAGCAGCUACUGUCCGGACUAUGCAUCCCUGGCUGGUUCAAUUCAGUGCAAGUCAUCAAAGUAAACUCAGGUAAUUACAAAAAAUGUUAAUAGUUAAUUAUGUGUGUUUUGCAAUAUUGGCUCAUUUGGUUAUGUAAGGUACAUCAACAUACAUUGUACGUACAAAUAAUCCUCAAUACAUUUGAAAAUAAAUAGAUGUUUUGCAUUUUUGUAGUGGGUAGAUCAUUUUGACUCGGUCAUUUUAAAAGUAGCUCGCAUGCUGAAAAAGUGUGAGCACCCCUGUUGUAGGGUAAGGCUACAAAGCUACACAAAGCUAUACAUCCUGUUUAAGCAGGAUUUUGGAUUUUAAAAAACAUGACAUUUUAGUAGCAGUGCACAGAAAUGGUAUGUAACCUUUAGAAAGAGCUGACAGGAACAAG